AAACAAACAAAGACAAUAAGAACAUUUCAACUGAUCAAUUCAAGCAACACAAGCAGCUUCCUUGGGAUUUCCUAGAGCUUUCCUGGCAUAGAUUUCCAUAAACUGUGGAAAUAAAUGAUAAGCCUCUCGGUUGCAUGUAUUAAGCAGCUUAAUACCACUAAUCUCUAAACAUAAUUACUUGGUUUGGAAUUCAAUUUUACUGCUUGCUGUGAGUCUGUGACAAUAUGGCUGAAGCUGUAGUUACUGUUAUGCUUGAGAAUCUCAACUCCUUGAUCCAAAAAAAGUUUGGAUUGAUUUGCGGUGUCAACAAAGAGAUGGAGAAGCUGUCCAGCAUCCUCUCAACCAUCUGUGCUGUGCUUGGAGAUGCUGAGGAGAGGCAGCUAAGAGACAGGGCAAUCAAGAUUUGGCUGCAGAAACUUAAAGAUGUUGCAGAUGAGUUGAAUGAUAUUUUGGAUGAGUGUUCAAUGGAGGCAUCCCUACUGGAGUACAAAAGGCAGAGCUCUAGGUCAACCCAAAAGGUAAGCGCUUCUUUCUUCUCCUGUUUCAACCCAAAAAAUACUCUGUUUCGUUUCAGAAUUGCAAAACGGAUGGAAGAUGUUUCAGAUAGGUUGGAUGCAGUUGCUAAUGAGCGAAUGAAAUUUCACUUGCGUGAGGUUGUCCAGGGAAGACAUCUCCAAGUAAUAGACAAACGCCAAACUGGCUCCGUUGUUGAUGAGAAACAUGUGUAUGGAAGAGAAGAAGAUAAAGAUAAGAUUGUGGAGUUCUUGGUAGAUAAUUCAAGAAGUUCCAAAGAUCUGUCUGUCUAUCCUAUUGUGGCCAUGGGGGGCAUGGGAAAGACUACCCUUGCUCAGCUGGUGUACAAUGAUGAAAGGGUUCGUAGGCAUUUUGAGAUUAAAAUAUGGGUAUGUGUUUCUGAGGACUUUGAUGUGAAAAGAUUGAUAAAAGCUAUGAUAGAAUCUGCUUCUGGAAAUGCCUGUGAUGCUUUGGACAUGGAUCCUCUGCAGAAACGCCUCCAGAAGAUGUUGGAAAGAAAGAAGUUUUUAAUUGUUUUGGAUGAUGUGUGGAAUGAAGACCAAGAGCAAUGGGAAGGCUUAAGAAAUGUAGUUGCUUGUGGAUUAAAUGGCUCUUCGAUUGUAGUCACCACUCGUCUUAAAAAGGUUGCAUUGAUUAUGGGAACAAUUCCAAUGCAUCAGCUGUCUGUUUUAUCCGAAGAUGAUUGCUGGUCAUUGUUCAACCAACGCGCAUUUGGUAAUGAAAGUGAAGAGCGACCAAAUCUUGUAAAAAUUGGGAAGGAGAUUGUGAAGAAGUGCAAGGGAAAUCCACUGGCUGCAAAGACUUUAGGAAGCUUAAUGCGCUUCAAAAGUGAGGAAAAUGAGUGGCUUUUUGUUAUGGAAAGUGAACUUUGGAAUCUUCCACAAGAAGAAACUUUCAUCCUGCCAGCGUUGCGAUUAAGCUACUUUCAUCUACCUACAGAAUUAAGGCGUUGUUUUGCUUAUUGUGCCAUAUUUCCCAAAGAUUUUGAAAUAGAAAAGGAAAAUUUAAUUCAUCUUUGGAUGGCUAAUGACCUUAUAGCUGUAAAGGGAAACAUGGAAGUGGAAGAGGUUGGCAAUGAGAUAUGUAAGGAAUUAUAUUGGCGAUCAUUCUUUGAAGGUGUUCAGAGUAAAAACGAUGGAUUUGACAACAUUUAUGGAUUCAAGAUGCAUGAUCUAGUGCAUGAUCUAGCUCAAUGUAUUAUGGAGGACGAAGCACGUGUUGUAGAAAUUGAUUGCCCUGUUAACUUGUCCAGAGCUCGUCAUGUGACAUUUAAUUACUCUAACCAGUCAUUUGACAUGCUUUUUGCUUUUCAGAAAAUAGAAACCUUACGUACUUUAAUGUUGACAAGGCAUUGUCCCUUCAGUAUUGAAGCACGCAAGUUUCCUUCUCACUUGUAUUUUCCUUCUUUACGAGCUUUUGAUGCAAAAGAUUCUUUGUUGACAUCCAUAUCUUUUCUAACCAAUACUUCCAAACAUAUUCGGUAUUUGAAUCUUUCAGGUACUUAUAUUAGAAUCCUUCCCGAGUCAAUUUGUUUUUUACAAAAUUUACAGACUUUGGAUGUAAGUUUUUGUCGUCAUCUUCAAAAGCUACCCAAGCAUAUGUGUCGCUUAAGGAGUCUUCGUCAUCUUCAUAUUUUAGGUUUUUCUUCGUUGCGUCACAUGCCUCCAAACUUUGGGAAACUAACUUGCUUAAGAACUUUAAGCAUUUUUAUUGUGGGUAGGAGAAGAGGAUGUGAUGUAGAUGAAUUGGGAAGUUUAAACCUUCAUGGCGAUUUAAGGAUCAAAAACCUUGAGGAAGUGAAAAGUCCAAUGGAAGCCAAAAAAGCCAAUCUAGCUGGAAAAAUGAAUCUUAAAAGGUUGGAAUUGUCAUGGGACAGAAAUGAGAAGUCUCAAGUGAUCAUAGAGCAGGUACUUGAAUCUCUUGAACCUCCCCCAAGUAUAAAAUCUUUGGAUAUUUCAAAUUUUGGAGGCAGGCAUUUCCCUCGGUGGUUCAAGAAUAGUGCAAUGUAUGAAAAUUUAGUCAGUAUAUGUUUCGCCGGUUGUAAAAACUGUAUGGAACUUCCUACAGGCCUGGGGAAACUUCCAUCUCUAACAUAUCUUUAUUUAUAUGGUAUGGAUUUAGUGCAGUAUGUAGAUAGUGAAUCUUAUGGUGGAGAGCUAGAGGGAGGUUUCUUGCACUUACAAAGUCUAUUUAUUACUGACUUACCAAAUUUAGAAAGGUUGUCCAAGGAGGAAAGAAGGAUGGACUUUUCAUGCCUAUCUUAUUUGCACAUUGAGAAAUGCCCUAAAUUGACAUUACACUGUCUUCGGUCAAUCAAAGAAUUGAUAAUAAGGGGAUGCAGUGAGGCACUGUUAAAAACAGUUUCAAAUCUGCAUACUCUAACAUCACUUGAAGUAUGUGAUAAUGAUAAUUUGGCUUCCUUUCCUGAUGGGAUCCUACAAAAUCUUACCACUCUCCAAUCACUUAAAAUUAAAAGAUUCAGCAAGCUUCAACUUUUGCAAUCUGAUAUGCUAAUUGGGCUAAGUUCUAUGGAAGGUUUAUCUAUUACUUCUUGCCAUAUGCUCGAGUGCUUUCCAGUGGAAAUAUUUCGAGGCUCAUAUAGUCUUAAACGUAUAUAUAUUGAAGAUUGUAUCAAGUUCAAAAGUUUAUCCGCUAGUUUUGGAGACCUUACUGCCCUUGUAUCUUUGCAACUUAUUGGUUGUCCAGAGUUGGAGGCUUUCCCAAAUGAUCUUAACAAUCUUUCUUGCCUCGAAAGUCUGAUGCUAUCAGGGUACACCUAUCAAGGUGAUGGUUCACAAAAUCUCAGUACUCCUCAUCCUAAGUUGACAACUUUGCCUGAGGCCUUACAGCAUCUCCCUUCCCUCCAAUAUAUGGUUAUAAGGGGGUUUCCAAAUCUUGAAUUGUUGCCUGACUGGCUUGGAAACUUAACAUCUCUUCGUUUCUUCAAUAUAUCUAAGUGUCCCAAGUUGGAAUAUCUGCCAACAACUAUCCAAGACCUCACCAACUUACAGACCUUGGAAAUUGACAGUUGCCCUAAAUUAGCAGAACGGUGUGGAAAGGAAAUUGGAGAGGACUGGCACAAGAUAGCUCAUAUUCCACGUGUUUUUGUAUGGGAUCGAAGCCAUCAACAACCAAUACAAGGAGAGACGGUGAAUUGUUGCUUCGAGUUGAGGUUGAAUCACCGGAGAAGCAUUGAGAAGAGAGAUGGUCCUUCCCAUCAUUCUUAACAUAUUCAUGCACACAAGACAUAUUAAUUGUUUUACUUCCAAGUAUCUGCACGAAACUGUUAAUAAAGCUGUGCUGAUUCUGCAUUUUAGAAGGCAGAGGAUGUGGUUAGCAGCAUGCUUGCUAUGGCCUUUAUCUUUGGUAAACAUAUGCAGCCAACAAGUCAAACAACUUUCAAGACAAGCACCAGUCAUCUUCAACAGCCUCAGCCAAAGCUGGUUUCUUUUGGACCAUUGGUUCACUGAGGAACUUAAUUGGUCGGUGACAAAGUUCGUGAAGUGAAUAAGAAAUUUAAGGGUUUUGGGAAUAAAACUGAAUUAUUUUUGGCAGCUGCUCAGCAGAUAGUUUAGUGGUGCUGCAAUGAAGAAUGUUUUUAUUGAAGCCUCUCGUGUUACAGGUGCUUUUCACCAAGGUUGUGAGAAAAGCCAGCCAGAAAAGAAAGGAGAAAGUGGGAAUGGUCGAAGGGGAAGAAAAGAGGGAAAUGGUAAAUAAAAAUGCUGAAAGCUUAAUCCUGUGAUAUAGGCUUGUACUGUAAAUAAAUACCCUUUUAACAUCAAUAUUCAGUUUUAUUUUUCAAUUAUUAUUAUUAUUAUUUGUUUUUUGGGUUCUUCUAGCCUAAAAGUGUUGAGUUUAGGACAUUUUUCGUCAAUCGGUUGGACAUGUUUGUAGUUUGCCUAGACUUCUAUUGAGGUAACUUUAUAAUCAUCAUCUAAUGGAUCUGCCAAAAUAUCUAUAUCAAGAGAAUCUUACUCCUUUA